UGAUGCACUUUUCGGGAAGUUAUCAGCAUUAUUUGGUCACGUGACAAACGAGAGUUGUGAAGUGAAGAUGGCGGCGUCCAGCUGAAAAUUCAUCGCUUUUGUUCAAUUUCUUCGUUUUACCGGGAAUAUUUGUGUCUUGUAGAGACCCAAAGCCUCAUAACAUACAGGGACGGGUCUAGUGUGUAUUACAAACAAAAUUUUGUUUAACUAAGAUUCUGAUCAAGCCAGAAAUUCAAGAUGGUUGAGGAAGUGACCAAGCACUCCGUGCAUACCUUAGUGUUCAGGUCACUGAAGAGAACCCACGACAUGUUCCUGUCAGAUCAUGAGAAGCCUGUGGCCAGGGAUGCAACCAGUGAUGCGGUAAAAAGAAACUGUAAGGCACAUGACGAGUAUGGGCCUGUCAUGAACCUGGUGGAAGAGACACGUGUUGAGAGACAACAGCCGACGAACGCUUACCCAGACCCCCACCAACCUGAGUUCCAGAUGAACAACCCUGUGAUGUUAGGAGUCCAUCCCUACCCCAGUGUGCCAGGUGUAGAGUUAAGUGCAGACACCAUGGCCCAGCUACGAGGUCCCAGUGAUGCUGGUAUCCAGGACGUGAUGCGCGCCCUGCCCCCCUCUCAGGCCAAACUGGAGGCUGAGCGGACGGCAGCCAGCGUAGCUGAUAUCCACAGACACCACGGGCCGGAACGAUCCAUGGCACUGGUGGCAGUAGACAAAACUAAGGGAGCCAUGGUUCCAAGGAAGGCCCCCACCAUGCCCAAGCCCCAGUGGCACUCUCCCUGGAAGUUGCACAGGGUGAUCAGUGGUCACCACGGCUGGGUCAGGUGUUUAGACUUCGAGCCUGGCAACCAGUGGUUUGUCACAGGGUCUAAUGAUAGAGUCAUAAAGAUCUGGGACCUGGCCAGUGGUCGGCUGAAGCUGUCCCUGACUGGACACAUCAGCACAGUGAGGGGCGUGGUGGUGUCGCCACGCCAACCAUACCUCUUCUCCUGCGGGGAAGACAAACAGGUGAAGUGUUGGGACCUGGAGUACAACAAGGUGAUCCGACAUUACCACGGGCACCUUAGUGCCUGUUAUGCCAUUGACCUUCACCCCACCAUAGACGUCCUGGUCACCUGUGGGAGAGAUGCCUCUGCAAGGGUGUGGGACAUGCGGACCAAAGCUAACAUCCACUGCCUGUCAGGACACACCAACACUGUGGCUGAUGUCAAGUGCCAGGCUACAGAACCACAGAUUAUUACUGGCAGCCAUGACUGCACUAUCCGACUGUGGGACUUGGUGGCAGGAAAGACACGGGCAACCCUGACCAACCACAAGAAGAGUAUCAGAUCCAUCGUGCUGCAUCCAAAACUCUACAUGUUUGCAUCAGCCUCCCCAGACAACAUCAAACAGUGGAAGUUCCCUGAUGGAAACUUCCUGCAGAACCUGUCUGGUCACAACGCCAUCGUCAACACACUGGCACUGAACCAGGACGGCGUGCUGGUAUCUGGAGCUGACAACGGCACGCUGCACUUCUGGGACUGGAGAACAGGAUACAACUUCCAGCGGAUCCACUCGGCCGUGCAGCCCGGCUCUCUGGACAGCGAGUCCGGCAUCUACGCCGCAAAGUUCGACCUGAGCGGCACGCGGCUCCUCAACUGUGAGGCCGACAAAACCAUCAAGAUUUACAAGGAAGACGAGACAGCGUCUGAAGAGACCCACCCAGUCAACUGGAAGCCGGAGAUCAUCAAGAAGAAGAAAUACUGAUCAUUGAGGUGCCCCCCUCCCCUCCAUGCCAUGUUUAUCUUACUCACACAUGUAAAAACUGACAGAGUCCUAAAAGUCGCAAGCUUUGCCUCGAAGAUCCCAAAUGUACAUUUACUAAACAAAUACUAGUAGCUAAAGAACCAAAAAGAUAUUCUUUGGCAAAGCAAUACACAUCUGCUGUCUGUAUGUGUUGGAUACUUUGGUGACAUAAGAAAGGUUAGGGAAUAUUUUUAGGGCCAUUUCUAGCUAUUAAAAGAAGACAUUUGAAGGAAAAUCUAAGCAGAAAAGUGUAUGGUUUUCGAUUCAAGGAAUGACACAAGAGACAAAAGCUGUGAUUAUUUUCAUAUGCAUGUAACCUUACCUGUAAAACUGACUUUCACUACAUUAUGUGUGUGUAGGCUUUACGACACUUCAGGAUAACCUAUUUGUAAAAGUGGUAUCAGGAGUGUGUUUGUCAGCCAGAACUGAAGCUAGAAGUAGAACCCAUGUAUUGUAAAGCAAUUAAAACUAUCACACGGGAA